GGACUCGGCCCACCUCGGCCCAGGAUAUUGCUUCGGGUUACACCCGUAUUGAUUCUGAAGGUCAGUAUUGUUGACAUCGUCUGCGAAAAAUAGCAUCGGCUCGACUUGGUGUUCCGUCAGUGGGUAUUCAAGAGAUUGAGAGGAUUGUGUUACCAGUUUUCGGAUUCACAAGGUCAAGGCCGACAGGAAGCGUUAGAUUGAGGUAGUCUCUUGGAGUGUGAAUUUGUUUUGUGCUUCAACUUUAAUCUGAUAUUCGUACCUUGGUAACCCGAAAUAGGAAGAAAUUAACAACAAGACAUAUAGUUUUUAAGACUCCAGGAUGGCGCUAAGGCGCAUUCUUGGAUUUUCGGAUGGAGAAUUGAUGAGGUCAGAUGGAAAGCCCUGUUCUCGAUUGAUGAGGCAAACGGCUGGCAUUUGUUCUGUGGGAGGAGCAUUGGGUUUUUGGGUCCUUUGCCGUUUGCAUUAUGGUCCGAGAAUUACAACUCCUCGAAGUCUAAGAUGGGCUGCCUGUGGAGCUGUCUCGAUGAGCACAACCACUGCUUUGCUGGUUCGACUAUUUAGUCCCGAAUGUGAACCCCAAAAUAUAGCAGCUUAUGACCAUAAGAAAUAGGGCAAAUAGCUGUCUUUGAUUGUGUUUUUAGAUUUAAAAGUUUUGGAAUAAUAUAUAGACAUUGAAAGUAA